GAAAUGAUCCAGAGCCUGUAGGCUCAAUGCGCUUCCAGGCCAAGGAGGAUAACCGCGGUGGCGGCGGCGGCGGCGAGCGCGACUCCCCGGCCGGCGGUGCGACCUGCGCAGCCAAGCAGGUAGAGGUCGGCGGGCGUGGGACGAGCAUUAGGGCGGUCUGGUCCGGCGGGGUGGCCGGCUCGCCAUCUAACUGGGUCUCUAGGUCCGACAUCGGCGGGCUGCGCUGUGUUUGCAAUGCAGUCGGCCACGUAGGGGAGGAAAAUAUCGAAGAGUUAAUCAGUGAGGAUUUUGUCUACUAAGGGACGAAUGACGAGUUCUCCAAUGAAGGGCGGUAUCCAUACUGACCCCUUGGAUCAUUCUGACCCUUGUCCCCUAGCUUCCAGCAGUGAGAUAACUGAGCAUGAGUUUUCCUGUCACUGCUGUUACGACAUCCUGAUCAACCCCACAACCCUUAACUGCGGGCACAGUUUCUGUCGGCACUGCCUGGCCCUCUGGUGGGAAUCCUCGAGGAAAAACGAGUGUCCCGAGUGUAGGGAGAGGUGGGAGGGAUUUCCCAGAGUCAACAUUUUGCUGAGGGACGCAACUGAGAAGUUAUUUUCCAGGGUAGUUCAGAAAAGGCGAGAAGAGAUCCAGAAUAACCCCAAAAUUGUGCGUAGCCUCCUUGCCUUCCAGAGGUACGGGGAUGAGCAGGCCUCCCGGGGGCCUGUGCUGAACACCCCGCGAAGAGGCGGCGGUGGAAAUGGCUUCUUCUCGGGGGUCCUCACCGCCCUCACUUGUGUGGCUGUCAUGCUGCUGGUGUAUCACUGGAGCAGCCGAGAUGCCGAGCACGAUCUCUUGGUCCACAAGCCUGUGACGAAGUGGACCUCUGAGGAGGUCAUCCUCUGGUUGGAAAACCUGGGACCUUGGGCCUCGCUGUACAAGGAUCACUUUCUAAGUGAGCAAGUCAACGGCAGACUCCUGAUCAUGCUUGGAGAUGAUGAGCUUUCCAAGAAUCCAUAUGGGAUUGAGAACCAGACACACCGUAAGGCUGUGCUGGCUGAGCUUGAGCGUGUCAAAUCCCUGGGUGUGAAGCCGCCUCAGAAUCUCUGGGAGUACAAGGCGGUCAAUGCUGGGAAAUCCCUCUUCUUGCUGUAUGCCCUGAAGAGCUCACCAAGGCUCACCAUCCUGUACCUCUACCUGUUCGAUUACACUGACACCUUCCUGCCUUUCAUACAUACCUGCUGCCCGGAGCAGACUGAAGAGCCGCAAGAGGAUGUUUUCAUGUCUAGAACUUUCGUAAGGGGAUCUUUCGAUUGGUUCAUGAAGAAUAACUCAACUGGGAACGAGAACCCUAGCUGGAAGCAGUGGACUGAAUUCCUGGUGAAAUACUCCCUGCUGCCCUACCAGUUGAUAGCGGAGUUUGCCUGGGACUGGCUGGGUGUUCACUACUGGACGUCGCGGUUCAUCAUCAUCAACGCCAUGCUUCUGUCUGUGCUGGAGGGCUGUGCUCUGUAUCGGCUCUGGAUCCGAUCGGAGCUGAGGAUUCUCCCUCAGAAAAUGUGGAGCCAUUUCUGGAAAGUGUCCGUAAAAGGGUUCGCUGUCGCCAUCUUCUGGCCGGUGAUUCCUCAGUUUGCCUGUAACUGCUUGUUCUACUGGGCCUUGUACUUCAACCCCAUCAUAAAUAUUGAGCAGGUCGUCCAGCAGGUGCUCCGUCCAGAAACACAAGUGCCAUAAAAAUAAAACCCGCAAAGGUUACUGAGGUGAGUAGCUUGGGCUGUCCUACAGCGCCACCCGCCAAGAUCAGCUUACACAUUACGGAUUCAGUCUUUCGGGCAGAGCCAUGUUCGCCGAAAACAGGUAUUUGAAACUAGCUAAUGGGUGUUUAUCGGCAGGGCGCCUUUAACAAACAAAAUCGGACAGAAUCGGACAUCGCCCACCAUGACACUGACAAAGUCGGGGUAGUAGGAAGUCACCGAAAUUGUAAACAUCACUCGUUAUUGUGAUAUUCAUAUACUUUGACUGGCAACAAGCUUUUCUUUUCUUUUUUCUACGGGAUCAAAGGAGCCAUACUUAUUUUUAAAGGGGUUGCGUCAUGAGCAGACCGGGAGAGUACAUUCUGUUUCACAGCUUGUGCCGUUACAAUAAACACCGAAAGCGGGACAAUUGUUUUCUCAGCUUUUAUGCAAAAGUUUUAUCGCAAUAAGAGAUACAUACUACGUCUAGACUGUGCCGAUACUUCCAUGCUUCCUUUCUGAGUUUUCCUCUCCUUGUUUGUAUUUAGUUUGUUGCAGGUGACUUCUUUUAUACAGCAAGUUUUAUUUUCAAAAGCAUGGAAUAUGUUUACCAAAAGCUGAAAUUGUUUGGGGGGGAGUGAUUGGUCCUCACCCUGAUUUAAAUCUGUAUUAAUUUAAUUUUCUUUUUUUUUUUUUUGUUGACCUUAUAAUUACUCUUGCACUUUUGUUAUAACUGUGACUUAUUCAUUUUUGUCCAGGAGCAUGAGGUUUAGGAAUCAUUAAUAAAAACACUUUUUCUAAAAAAAAAAAAAAUGUACCUUUUAAUUAAAAAUCUGUAGUUUUUAUUGAGCUGUACUUGGCUCUUACAGGAUAGCAAAAGUUACUGUUAUUUGCAAUAAGGUAUUUUAAAAGAUAUGGUGGCUUGUCUUUGUUUUGUCAGUUAGCAUAAGCAUUGGCCAUAUUUUGAUAUAAGAAAUAGACAUUAACUCUCUGAUUGGUCAGUUGCUUUGUAGAAACGCAUAAAAAGCAGUUUGACAAAAUCAAUGGUGCAAGGCCACAAAAAUUAUGUACCAUACAAGACCAACUCAGCCAGGAAUGACAGACCUGCUAGAGGAGACGCAUGCGUCAUGUGACGCCUCCAGGAAGUAUUUUCGCCCCAACAACCUGGAAGUGAAUCAGCGGCUAAAACCAAACGUGUCUAAAAUCAGUCCCUGUUUCAGUCUAAAGUAUGACAGUCCAGAAAGCAAAUUUUAUUUGUACAAAUCAUAGCUGAAAAAAAACAAGCUUUGGUUUUAAUUGCAAGUAAAAAAAAAAGUCUGAAAAUAUGACACCCCCUUUGAAAGAUGGUAUUUGAUAUAGAAUCUUCUGCAUCAUUUAUUUGGUCAAAA